UCCAGGGCAGUGAGGUCCCAAUGACAAAAAAAAAAAAUUAAAAUUAAAUGGUAGAUGCCCAUUCAGUAAAAUAGCUCAGCAGGUGCUCAGCUGGGAGAUGGCGGCAGCCGGGGAGCUGACGCUUCUGGAGAAAUGGCUGGUUUUGCAAGGGGGACACAAAUACAGUGUACAGGGCAAGCAGCAGGUUCCUGUCCUUCAAACAAACAAUGGUCUAAGUCUAACAGGAUUGACGACUAUAGCAGCUCACCUGGUCAAGCAAGCCAACAAAGAGUAUUUACUUGGGUAUACUACAGAGGAAAAGGCAAUUGUUCAACAGUGGCUGGAAUAUAGGGUAACUCGAGUAGAUGGGCCCUGUGGUAAAGAGGAAGUCCGCACUCUCUUGAAGAAUCUUAAUUCUUACCUUGAGGGUAAAGUCUACCUUACAGGAUAUAACUUUACCUUAGCAGAUGUCUUACUGUACUAUGGGCUGCACUACUUUAUAGUUGAUCUGACAGUUCAAGAAAAGGAGAAAUAUCUUAAUAUGUCUUGCUGGUUUUGUCACAUUCAGCACUAUCCUGGCAUCAGGCAACAUCUGUCCCACGUCAUCUUCAUCAAAAACAGACUGUACGCCAAUGCCCACUAGAAGUCGUCUAUGCAGUGGGAAUAUCGUACAUGGAAAUUUUAUUCUGCACCAGAGA